AUGCUCUCCACCGUCCCAAACGAGAUCCUCUUCACAAUUGCCGAGAACCUCUCCCCCGGCCCCCUUCUACACCUUCUCCUAACAUGUCGCUCCUUCCACCAUAGCCUGUCCCGCAUCAUGCUGCGCCAUGCCCUCGCCGACAAAGACUACACCCCCGCGCUGGUAUGGGCCUCCAGGGAGAACCAGGUCCCGCUCGUAAAAACAAUUCUCGCCCACACCCCCGCGUCAGGCGAGGCGACCGAGUUGGAGGAGCUCGCACUCGCCGAGGCCUGUCGUUACGGCUCCCUCGAGGCCGUGGAGACCCUCCUCGACCACGGUGUUCCCCACACGCCUCCCGAGGAUAACGGCCGGAACCCGCUGCGGCUCGCGGUCCGCAGGUGUCACCCCCCCCUGGUGCGUCUCCUCCUGUCGCGCGGCGCGGUGCCGGAUGCUUUGCCGGGGUAUCCGCCGAUGGCCUUCGACCUUUGCCGCACCGGACAGGUGGAGAUCCUGCGCGAGCUGCUGGCAGCGGGCGCGGACCCGAACGCGAGGAACCACCACAUGAGCAGUUGCCUGACGCUCGCGGCGGAGUAUGGCCAUCUGGAGUGUCUGAAGGUUGCGCUGGAGUAUGGGGCGGAGGUGAACGUGGUGGAUAGGGACAACGACACGCCGAUGAUCCUGGCGCUUUACUGCCAAAGGUGGGAUGUGGUGGAGUUUCUGUUGGAGCAGGAGGAGUGCGAUCUUGUGGCCAGGAACCUGCGCGGGUUCGACCCCCUGAACCUGGCGUGCAUAACGGGGCGGACAGAUGUAAUCAAGAAGAUAUUUUCGAAGCAGGUGCCUGGGCAUGACAGCUUCUGGUAUGAGAGCGAGCUUGUUCCGAUGGUUUCGUUGGCGCGGAUGAGGCAUCGUGAGGAGGUGGUCGAGGUGUUGGAACAGGAGAUACUGAGGCUUUGGUUGGCGAGCUCGACGCUCUAG